CUUGGGAGUUUUUUAACUCCUACUUCACAAACAACUGUGAGUGACAAGCUAAUAAGAGUCAUGUGCUGUACCAUGAAGGGAUUUCACCAAUUUGAUUGGGCCACGUACAUUGUGAAGCACUUGUGGAAAGAGAUGGGAGAUUAUGUGAAAGUGUACACAAAAGCAAAGAAAGACGAAGAUGAAGAUGAAGGAAGCUGCAAUGUGGGAGGAUGCAUCUACCUCCUGUUGUUAUAUUUUGCUGAGCACUUCCCACUAUCCAAAACUGUUGAGAGAGGGUCCCUAAAUGCCAUUCAAUUCUGGACUGAUGAGAGGAUAAGGAAGCUGGAAAAGAAGGAGAGGGAAAGCAAGAGGGGUUUACUGUAUAAGGGCAAGGGAAGUAUGGAUAGAAGUGGGAAGGAUGAAGGAAAACGCAGAAGUGUGGGUCAUUUACACCCGGAGUUACAGAAGUUGCACGGACGAUUGAUGGCUCAGAUCGAAUUAAGCACUAGGAGGCUUAUAAGUGCAAUGGAAGAUGAGCUAGAUAAGGGAGAUGAUGAUGCAUUUGGCGAUGAAGACCCCCAUGAUCAUGAUGGACAUGAGUCUGAUGACGAAGGUGAUGAUAGAGAUGAGUUCCACUGGGGAGAUGAUCAGGGAGACGAUGAUGCAACUGGCUCAGAUAGGGGUGAUGACAUCGGUGUUGCAGCAGAAGCCAACUAA